AUGCCCACGCAAGUCUGGCUGCCCUCGUAUGUUGCUUCCCCAGAACAACAUGCAACCCCAUGUCCACUCCUCGCCACCUGCACACCGCAGAUGGAGGAGCCAACACCCUCUCUGGUUCCUCCGAGCCCCAGGGCUGCCACCCCCUUUGAGGUCAACCUGCCUGAGGACCUAUACGGCUUUGCCAACGCCGAGACCACCUCCUCAACUUCACCCCACUCCCUGGAGUCUACUGACAGCUACAGCGCGCCCUCCUAUGCUCCCACCAUCCUCACGACACCCUCCGAGGUGGACUCCGAUGCUGACGAGGCCUGGAUGUCUGGGUUUGCCGCUGGCAUCGCCGACACGACCGCCUAUCUGCUGAAGGGCUCCUGCGCCGAGCGCGAGCAGAAGCUGGUGGCGCGUGUGGCGGAGCUGAACGCCUGCCAGCACCAGUACCAGGUUGAGCUCAUGCAAGCGAUGGACAUCCAGGCGGAGGUGCAGCAGUGGGAGAACUACCUGCAGGACUUGCUGGCCCAGGCUGCGAGCCUGUUCCCUGAUGGUGAGGAGGGGGCACUGCAGGCGGCGCUCCACAUCUUCAACAGCCACGAAGCCAAGGUGAGUGCGCGGGGUUCUCUCUGUCAUGUGACCUCGACCACGACCUACAAUCCCAUGGCAUGGCACCUCCCGCCUCAGCGCCUCGCAAUGUCUCGUCCACCCUCACCCCUGUCUUCCCUCAUAUUACGUCCAUAG